AUGAAAUACGACGAGAUUUCUCACUUCAGCCACCCCUAUCACACUCUCGAAUCUGAGUACACCAAAGUCCCCUUCAAGUGUGAUGGCUGCAAAGAAGUCGGGAUCGGCUCGUGCUACAAGUGUAGUAACUGCAACUAUGAUCUGCACAGGCACUGCGCCGUCCCUUCCCCUUCGAUAUCCCACCCUUUCUACACCCAGUGCUCUUUCCAAUUCCUCGAACGCCCUCCUGGAAAUGUAGCUCGCUAUUGUAACGCUUGUGAGAAGGACAUUACAGGAUUCCUGUACCAUUGCAAGAAAUGCGGAUUUGAUCUUCAUCCAUGUUGCGCUAAGCUCCCUAUGGUAUUAAGCGACGGUGAAGUGAAACUGUACUUGUAUAAGAAAGUAAGUGAGCCGUGUCAUAGGUGUGGGAGAAAGGGGAGAAGUUGGAGUUAUAGGUCGACGUGCAAGAAGUACAAUUUGCACGUGGCGUGCGUGAAGGAGAUGUUGGUCGAGAGUUGGCACGAAAUAUAUUUCGGAAAUGGAGGUGGGAAUAGUAGGAAACUGGAGACAAGGAUUCCUAGCUUGAAAGGUACACUGCAAACUCAUCAUAGGAAAAGCAAAGGAAAAGUUCAAACAUGUUGUGAAGUGGCUGGAUUUGCUCUACAGUUUGUGAUUUCUGCAGUUCUUGGGGAUCCCACCACCCUGAUAGCUGGGUUGGUGGGUUCAAUGAUGUGA